UAACCAUGCAUCGCUUGUGACUUGUGAGAUGGGCAUGUGGAAGUCUCAUUUCUUUCCUGGUGUCUGCUCAUCUUCCUCGACGCCACCUGCACACAUUCAACCCAUGCAGAUAUCACUAAACAAGUAAAAUAUGGGCAGCUACCAGCAAGCGGCAAGCAGCAAGCAUGAACAAGGGAAGUUCAUUGUCGGUCAAAUUUCUUGAAAAAAAUGUGUUUUUAAAACUGUUUCGUACUCCGCGUGGGCAGGCUGCGCUCUCAGGGCUCGCAUUUUUUGGAAUAGUUGUAGCAGGUGGAUUAAGAUGGGUGGCUUCCUUGAGCGGGAAUGGACCAUGGCAGUUUCUCGCUGGAAUUACUACAGGAUUCAUGGCAGUUCUCACCUUCUACAUUGCCCAGCGCUUCCGCCGCCGCUCCCGCUUUCGCAGAGCUGUGGCAAGCAUGUUGAUGGCGACAUUGACUUUAGAAGAUUUGAGAAGAUUGGUCCCCGAGUAUGCUCUAGACUUGGUCUCUUUUACAAAUUUUGAGAAGAUCGAAUGGUUAAAUAAGGAGCUUGUAGAAGUUUGGCCAUUUAUCAACAAGCCAAUGUCACAUUUACUGAAGGAUAAGUUGCAACUUAUUCUUGAUGACUACAAGAUGGGUUUUAUUGAAAAGUUAUCCGUCAAGUCUAUUGUACUGGGGGAAGAAAGUCCUCAAUUUGGAGGUGUAAGAGUUUCAAAAGACAAUGAUAAUGAGGUGGUACUGGAAGCUAUGUUUAGGUGGCAAUGUGAGAAAGAAGAAGUUUUAAUCACUGUAAAAACAAAUGGGCCUGAUUUUAUCCUAAGAAUAAAUGAUGUGCAUAUUUCUGGUGUAUUAAAAUUGGUAUUCAAGCCUUUGAAAGAAGAGCUACCUGGAUUUGGAGCAAUAAUUGUCUCCCUUUCAGAAGACCCAGACAUGGGUUUCAAUAUAAAGGUUCUAGGUGGAGACGUCAAAGCAUUACCAGGAGUUGACUGCAUUGUAGAUAAUACUAUCAGAACAGCAGUGCUGGAUGUUCUAGUGUGGCCCAACCGUUAUGUUUAUCCGGUUUUACCUGGAGACUACAGCAAUCUAGAACUGACUCCAGUUGGGGUUUUAGACGCAUCCUUAAUUGAGGCAACAAACUUGAUGAAUACUGAUGUCCUUGGGAAAUCAGAUCCUUUUGCAUUACUGUUUGUACGACUGAAAACGGAACGCAUAAAGAGGAGUUCAACAAAAAAGAACUCUUUACAUCCAGUUUGGAAUGAAGGGUUUUUUAUUGAGGUUGAUGAUCCUUUAUCUCAGUACCUGACAAUUCGAUUGAUGGAUGAUGAAACAUUAGCAAAUGCAGAAUUCAUUGGGAUGGCUAAGUACCCUUUGAAAGAGUUGAAGCCUCAUGAACCAAAAGAGUUGUGGCUCGACUUGACCUAUAAUCCUGAUACACCUACACCUGAAAAGUCACGGGGAAAAGUCCACCUUCUUCUCAUUUACAAACCGUAUGAGGAAGAUCACAAACAAGGAGGAUACAAUGAAAAUCAUUUCGAUAACUCUGAAGAUGACAAGAAGGAUGUUUAAUGUUUUAUGUCACCUAAAGCGUCAGUUGCCUACUAUUUCAUGACAAAGAACAGUUGGAAUGCAUGUAUGCAGACCGAAAUGUAGCAUUCUUUUAUUCCUUGCAGGUUUCAUUUUUAACUA